AUGGAGCAAGAUGUGGACACGAGUUAUAGAACUAUGUGCAGUACUUGUUUAAGUACAGACAGACACUUAUUUCAUUUAAAUAAUUGGCCACAAGUUAAUCAAAUAUUCAAAUUACUGAUGUACGAUUUCGCGGGUGAUAGGUUUGGAGACACGCUCCAAGAGUUGGAGCACUAUGUGUGUUGGGAGUGCUUGGCUAUAAUGAAGCGCUUCUACCGAUUCAAAUGGCAAGUGCAGAGUGCUCAAGAGCACCUGAGGGUUCUGGCUCUAAGUAGAUCACAGGAGAGCAUGGACCACACAUAUAUGUCACAGUCCCUCUCUGCUCUCGGCACAGAGACAAAGUUGGAUUAUGAUAAAAUAUAUUUUGACUUCUCGAGCGCUCCAGAAGAGCAGCAGUAUAUAACCAUAACAACAGCUGAGUGCAUUAAAAAUGAGCAUUACGAUGUGGCGCAGGUUGUGCGCGAUAACAUCACUCUGGAUAUCGAUGACAAUAUUCUAGAAGUACCAGAGAUAGUGUUAAAAAAUCCCGUGACGGGUGUGAUGUCUCACAUAGUGGUUGGAGCUGACUCUCUAGUCGCGUCCACUGAAACGAUCCCCACCCGCGCGGGAGAAAUGCCACGUCUUACUAUAGAGCCCCUGCAGGCUCCAAAGUUGGAGACGGUGAUAAUUUGUCAAGACAAAAAAGACAAAGGCGAACCAAAAGCAACCUUUGUGACUGAAUACAUGAGUGAUGCUGAUAUGUUGGCUUCGAGAGAGGUGGCUAAAAGUAAAGUGCAAUACGCCGGUUCUGCGUACAAGUGUGAGUUGUGCAUUAUUGGAUUCUACACUCAACAGCAAGUUGAAGACCAUUUCGAGUCGGCUCACAGAGCGAAACCGGGGCAAGCGGCGUGCAAGGUGUGCUACUGCUACGUGAGCGAGAGCAAGCUGGGCGCGCACACGGACGGGCACUACCUGCGCUACUCGUGCAAGCUGUGCGCGCACGUGGAGCACGCCCUGCGCCCCGCGCAGCACCACGCGCGCGCGCACCUCGCGCCCGCGCUGCCCAGCUCCGUCUACAACAUCGGAGACCUGCCGCCCGCCGCCGGGAAGAGUAAAAAGAAGAAGGAUAAAGAAUCUCAGCCGAUACCUGCAAAACCUGGAGAUCUUCGAAAACUGUUAUCGAAGACCACCAUCGAAGGGUACCAGUGCCUUGAGUGUUAUAUGUUCUUUAAGAACUCUCGCGCGCGCAAGAACCACGUGGACCGCUAUCACCGCGAGGGGCUGCAGUGUGACCACUGUAAGAAGAGAUUCGUCAACAAGACCACGCUCACCACACAUCUCAAACUCCACGAGGGUCCACUACCCCGAGAAGAAUGUCCUAUCUGCCACAAAAUGGUGCGCAUUAUUCAACUUAAAUAUCACAUACAGAGGCACGAAAAUAAGAAACGUAUCGAAUGCGUCGAUUGUAACAAGAUAUUCUCACAUUUGGCCACCUAUCAAGCGCAUCUCAAGUACUCCAGGGCUCACGCUUCCGACCAGGUGUUCAAAUUCCCAUGUCCAAUGUGCAAUAAAGGUUACCCCACUAAGGAGGCAAUGCAGGAUCACUUCAAUUAUCAGCACCUGGGCAAGACCUCGCACAAGUGUCCCGUCUGUGAUAAGCCGAUAGCGUCGCGAGCGAACGUAGAGAAACACAUGAUGCGUGUUCACGGCGAGAAGAAGGAGAAGCCGAGGAACCACGUGUGCCAAGUGUGCGGGAAGGGAUUCACGGACAGAAAAGCGUUAACCCAACACGAGGUCAUCCACUCCGGGGAGAGGCCCCUAGCUUGCGACAUUUGCGCGCAGACGUUCAAGCAAAAAGCGUCCCUCUACACGCACAAGAAGAGGGUCCACAAAGUGUUCCCGGCCAAGCGACUCGUCGAGUAUAUGGACACUAAGCCUUAA